GACGUUUUGAACAAUAAAAAAGAUGACAGAUGUAAGAGUUGAAAAGCAGCGCAAAAGGAGGUCUUCAAGUUUUCACAGUUCAAGAAGUGAAGAAUAUAAUGACCGUGAACCAAGAAAGAAGAGAAGACAUUCCCACAAAUCCAGAGAAGAGUCAUCCAGUUCUUCAUCAUCAUCAUCCUCGUCUUCCUCCUCCUCAUCCUCCUCCUCCUUGUCAUCAUCCUCCUCUUCCUCUUCCAGUGAAUCAGAUUCAUCAUCUUCAGAUGAGGAAUAUCGAAAGAGAAAGAGACGCAAACACUCUGGGAAACACCAGAAGGAAAAGCAUAGACGACGAAAAAGUAGCGACAAGGCAGGACCCGUGCAGCUUUCACAGUUUAUGAAAGGGAAGGGUAAAAAGAAGAAACAGAAGAAAAGCAAGGAGGAACGAAGUGCCUUGUCGGGGCGGAAAAUUCACCGCAAGUUGAAAAAGACCAAAAUGGAUAAAGAGGGGGACAAAAAUAGGGAGGAAGUGCUCAAGUUUCUCAAUGCGACCAUGUAGCUGAGAUAAUACCCAGGGGUUACUACUCUGCAUGCAGUAUUUACAUUCGGUAGAAAGUAGUUUCCCUUGAUCCAUUUCAUUGAUUUUAAUAUCCACAUUUCUGUUAUGGGAGUUAUUUCCCUUGAUCCAGUUCAUUGAUUUCUGUUAUGGGAGUUAUUUCCCUUGAUCCAGUUCAUUGAUUUCUGUUAUGGGAGUUGCAUAUUUUGAAGAAAAUCAAAAUAACUUGCAUAACAUUUUCAAAUUCAACAUAGCUAUUAAUUAUGUUGAAUGCUUUUUAAAGUGACUCAUUUCUUGUUAUAUGGGUCAGAAAAUGAAACAAUUUCUUUUUUUCUUAUUUUCAUCAUAAAUUAUCAUCAAAAGUUCAAAAUUGACCUCUGUUGUAAGCAGUUAUUUAACAAUGCUCGUGAAAAUGCAUAAUCUUUUUAAAAGUCAUUAAACGAUAUUGAAAGUUGAAUUAUUUUAUGCUUUGAUUUACAAAAUUCUGUUGAAUUGCGUAUCUGCUUGUUGCUUUUUGUCAAUUGUUCAUAAAAAUAAUUAAAAUAACUCUGUUUCAACUCAGCACACUUCUCCCAGGUUUAAACAUGUGAAUUUUAGAUAACUGCUGAGGAUGUAUUAUUUUGGUGUUAUUUGUAAGGAUUUUGGGUGCAGGAAAUGAAAAUGUAACUUUUAUACAGAAAAAUAAUUAUAUAAAACUAGUUUGUUUUUAUAAUGAUUGUAAAUAUAUCAAAUGUAAUAACUUGAUUUUUUAUUUUCUAUACAGCUGUUAAUAAUAAUAAUAAUAAUAAUAAUGAUAAUAUUAAUAAAACGAUAAUAUUUAUUAUUUCUAUUCAGUUGUUAAUAAUGAUGAAAUAGUAAUAUUAUUAUUUUAUGUUUUCAAUUAUCAGCUGUUAAUGAUAAUGAAAUAUAAUCAUUAUAUUAUCAAAAAGAUAAUUACUUAAAUUGCUAUGAUAAUGGCUGUUUUGUAAAUGCUUGUGCGUUUAUAAUUCUUAUUUCAUGUUAUUUGUUAAGAAUUGUUUUCCCUUUAACAUUGUUAAAAACUUAAGUACCGGUAUCAUGUUUUUUUAUCACAACUUUAUGUUAAAGUUGAACUUAAAUGGAGGGAAUAUUGUUGUUAAAAGUAAUAUCAGAUACUUUUAGCCAAGGCACAUAUAAAUUAUGCAUCUAUUCAAUUUGAAAUGGCCAUACUUAAAGUGGCGCCAUUUGAUUCGUUGCAUGUGAUUAUGUGUAUAUUGAAGCGCUUCCGAUUUUGCUGGCAUAUAACCCGGUGACUUUACGUUGACCCGGAAUAUUCAUAUUAUCUCAUAUCAUAUAAUUGUUCUCUUUCAAAGAUAAGAUGAGUUCAUCAUAGAAGUGAUAUUGUUGUUCUCUGAGAGACCUUACAAUGUUAUACAUGUUCAGGUCAGAGACCACUAAAAAAAAUCCUAUAUAUUCUAUAGUCAAUUGAGAAUUAUAUAUGGAAAUUAGUGCUGAUUACUUGAGUUUUCAAAACCGUUAACACCAAAUAUGGGAAGAAAGUAGCCAAUGGUAUGAGAUGGUAUGUCCAUGCUUCGAUUCACUGUCAUGUGUUAAUAUUAAGAAAAAAGAACUGAAACAUGGAGAGGUCACUUCCAAAUUGGUCUUAUAUGCUCUUCUGGCUUGUGAAUUUAGUUUAAAACAAGGUAACUUUAUUGUAAAUUAAGAUUCAGCCAAGUAAAUUCCUUGUGAAGUAAGUUUCUGCUUAGUAAAGUGAACUUGUAAAUGAAUUUUCAUGGCAAUCCACUGUCCUGGACAUUUUUUGUUCAUCAAAAAUGAUACUCGAAGUACAUUUAUCACAUUUUUAUAGUCUCUCAGCCUAUGUUAAGACUUGAAAGUGAACCAGUGUUUUAGUAUUGCUAUCUGACAGAAGUAUUCUAUCCAUUAUGCACUGUGGUAUUGUUAAAAUAAUAUGCAUUGUACAUAUUAUAUUACUUUUUUGUAGUUAAAGUUAUGAUAAUAAAUGAUAAUAGUAUUAAGAAAACAAAUAAUUUUUAUAAGAUCAUGUAUGAUACUAUAACAAGUUGUAUAGUGGUUGUAUGUACAACCUUAGUAAUUGAAAUAAUACAUGAGGGCAAUGUGUGAGUGUAUAAUUUGAAUCACAGUGGAAGUGUGUACAUUGUAUCUGAUUUAAACAUUAUGUCAAGGACAACUUUCAAUAACUACUUUAUUAGCGUGGGUAUGCAGGCCUGUAGCUUGGGCCAAUUUGGGAUUUCGCAGAUCAAUAGACCGUGCAGCAUAUUAACACCUUCACCCCCUUUGGUUUUUAUUUCGAAUUCAGGGUUUUUGGAAUGACAAAAAAUUCGACCUGUAAAAAGUUCAUGAUACAACUGCAUAUUCUCAUAACAGUCAGCUACGCGCCUGGUAUGAGUGAAUUUUGAGUGUAACGUGUGUUAUUUAUCCAAACGGUAGUUAUUGAACGUUUUUUACGUAUAACUGUUUACUUGGUACUGUUUAGAUAUUCGGAACACUCUAAAAUAUGGUUCAAAAAGUUGUUGACUUUUCGUGUUUAAUAUAUUGAAUAAAAUAUACGAUGAAAUAUUGUA